AUGGUACAAUUGGUAGCCCUGUCCUGGAGAACUGAUUCAGUUGUAUUAUUAUGCAACCGCAAGGAUCUCUUCUUUAUCUGGGUGUCUAAGCUGCUGGAUUGUUCUUCGCCCAAAUCAAUGUGGUUUCUUUGGAACAUUUUCAGCAAAGGAACGCAUAUGCUGCAGUGUCUUUGUGGCAAGAGUCUUAAGAAAAACAAGAGCCCAAGUGAUCCCCAGCUAAAGGGUAUAGUGACCAGGUUAUAUUGCAGGCAGGGAUACUACUUGCAAAUGAACCCAGAUGGAUCUCUGGAUGGGACAAAGGAUGACAGCACUAAUUCUUCUCUGUUCAAUCUCAUCCCUGUGGGUCUUCGAGUUGUCGCUAUUCAGUCUGUGAAGACAGGCUUGUACAUCGCCAUGAAUGGAGAAGGCCACCUAUACACAUCAGAACUCUUUACGGCAGAAUGCAAAUUUAAAGAGUCGGUAUUUGAAAACUACUAUGUGAUCUACUCGUCCAUGUUGUACAGACAGCAGGAGUCAGGUAGAGCUUGGUUCCUAGGUCUUAAUAAGGAGGGUCAACCCAUGAAGGGAAAUCGAGUGAAGAAAACAAAACCAGCUGCUCACUUCCUGCCCAAGCCAUUAGAAGUUGCCAUGUACAGAGAGCCGUCAUUGCAUGAUAUUGGGGAAACUGCCCCGAAGGCCGGGAUACCUCCCAGCAAAAGCACAAGCGAGCCUGUGGUGAUGAAUGGCGGAAAACCGGUCAGCAAGCCCACCAAGCCCACAUAGCCAGGCCUGCGGACCCAGCGCUGACUAGCAUAGAGGGAGUUUACUCUCAGCUCAGACUCAGACUCUCUCUCUGUCUCUCUCUGUCUGUGGAUAUCAGGUUUCAGGCAAAAGCUCUCCCUCCUCAACCUUCUUUUCAAAGCCGUCUCGUCGUCAGUGGAACGUUGCAGAAGCGUGCGUGAGAAACCCGCGAAGGAAGAAGGGGGGAGACAAAUGGAUAACCAGCUAGACUCUGACCAUGGAAUGCUGUACCAGAUAUGGAAUGCCUUUUUAAAUAUUUUGUUCUGUAACUGUGACAAUCCAUGAGAAUGAUGUAAUUUCACAGACACACGUGAUACCUUGCCUGCUGAUGGUUACCCAUAAUUCCCUCUUCAGCUCCCCCUACCCACCCCCUGUGCAGCGGAGUCUGUGUAAUUCAGAUCUAUUUUCUAUAAUGCAGUACGCCAACUGAUGUUCUGGGCUGAUGCUGUACAUAUAUACACUACAAAUUAUGGAUUGUCAUCCUGUAUUUUUUACAAGUAUUAUCUGUCCUUUUGUUCUCUUUCUAUCUCUGUUCACUCUCUCUAUCAGAUACUUUAGGAAUCUUUGCAGGGGCUAUGUAUGAUUUUGUAACCCACAUGUCCCCACACACUCACACACACACCGAUACUGAUACACUAUAAGGGUGAAGUGAACUGAUUGCAGGGAAGCAUUCAGGAAGACUUGGGGUAAACUACAUGCAUACCACCCCAUAAGGUGAAACUCAGCCAAAGCCUGAGGCUCAGUAAAUUCUUACUUCCUGAUAAAAAUUGAGCUCUAAGCCGGAACAGUGCUCCUGAUGAGCUUUCCGCUAAGGAAGUGCCGAUGAAGCCCGCAGAGUGAAGAUAACUUGCUCUGGCAAGCACAGAGCUCUGUAUAUGGAGUGUAUACAUAUCACAGUUUGGUUCCCCCAGUAGUGACGGUUGUCUCUCCCGGUAAAUAGGAACCUUAGUUCUAUUUUUGUUGUCUGUGGUUUGUAUCUUAGAGCGUGGGCUCUAGGUGUAUGUUUGGGCCUUGUAGGCCUUGUGUCUGAAGCCCAGUCCUCACAAGCUGACCCCUCUGAACGGUGGGCCGUGCGCAUGAACCAGACGCACUGGUGGCAGCCAUUUAACGCAAAAGCGUCUAUUCUAGUCAACAAACAAAAAACCUAAAUGGCCGAAUCAUUAAGUAGACGCCAUAUUACUGCUGGCUGCAUUCCCCCAUUCUGUUCAGCAAAAAGCAUGGGCAAGGUUAGUGUCGUGUUCUUUUCUUGCAGCUGUGAUGCAAGAGGAAGCUUAUAUUCUUAUGUUUUCACUGUAUAAAAUAAUAAUUAUAUUAAAAAAGGUUUUUAACGACUAGAGGUAAUAAAAUGAUUUUUUUUUUGUUUUUCCUAGCUCAGCAUGCAGAGUCCAAAACAGCUCACAUUGGCCUUUCACGUGCCUGUGCAGACCUGUAACCCAACGCGCAAAAAUAUGUACCCAGUCACGGCUGGGUUAAAGGUGCCUCAUCAUUCGUCCAUAUCCGGUAGAAACUAAGUAGCAUAUUUAAGGGACAAACGAACUUGAGAUAUAUUUUUCUUUCUCUCCACUCUGCUUACAGAGAUUGGUCUUUAAAUUACCAAAGUGUUUAUGUCCUUGACUUUAAACCUAGUAAUGAUAGUAAUAAUGAUGACGGUGACAAACAAAGGCUAUUAAAUGCAUCUUACUUUGUUUGUUUGAUUUCACUGUGAUGAUCGUUCCUUUUUUUUGCAUUCCAACAUUUUUAAAAAAGUCAUCAGGUGGAGUUUUCGCUCAUAUCUGAGGGAUAUAAUCAAUGCUAUUGAGACUUCUCACUUCACUUCACUGAAAUCACUUCAAUAAAUUGUUAAGUGCAUCAAAUAGAUUUCUGUAGCUACUCAUGUGCAUGCAUUUGUUUAAAGGACCAAAAUAUGCACAUGUUUGAAAAGAAUAUUCUUCUGUGAUAUUCUUCUGUUAUGGUAGCAUAAGCUGAUGUUUGGUUCUGAAUUAGAUUGGCAUGUUACUAUAAAACAAUUAGUUCAUACCACCUUCUGAUUUCAGUUCAUUUUCAGUUCUGAAUCAUCAUCUGAAGUCUUGUUUUUCACAAUUUAUCAAUGAUUUUCUGAAUCAAUCAACAGAUUUAGUAUAGAAUUGACAUGCUUUAACAAGUUUCAUGAUAGUUUUAUUACAUAGGCAUUAGAAUGACAUGAUUUUGACUGACGUUAUGCUGCUGAAUCGCAAGUAUGUUAUGAAAUUAAUUUGAAUGUUUAUACUUUCCUAAACAUAUUGAAUUAUAAGCUAAUUUCCUUUAGGAGACCUUGAAGCACAUUAUAGUUAAAUAUUUGUCUGUAAAAAAAAAAAAAAAGCUAUGUUACGGCUAUUAUACAGUACAAUGAUAUACGCAAAAGACGUUUUAAAUCUGUUUUGUCCUGAUGACACAAAUAAUCAUUUUCAAAAGUGAACUCUACAUGCUGGGCUAUACUUGCCCUGACCAGUUGACUGGUUAAACGAAGGAUGAAUUUAUUUUUGUAUAUGACUGGUGUGUAAAUGUACAUCUGUUUUCUGUCAAUUUAUUAUUAUUAUUAUUAUUAUUAUUAUUAUUAAGUUUGUCGGUCAUGAUGUUUGCACCAAUGAACAGUUGUCUUCGAACAAUUUUGGUAUUUUUUUUUUUAGCAAUGAGACACAGCAUUGGAAGAGGGGUCUGUGUUUUGUUUUAAGUUCAACUACAUGAUUUCUCUUUUGUCUCACCUGUUGCAUGGGAAGAGGAUGGCUUAAAAGAACUGCAUGUGGUAGGCUAUGUGUAUCAAGAACUGUCAGUAUGUACUGCUAACUUUACAUACAUAUAUGCAAAGAGUUUGUCUGCACUGUACAGUUUGUGUUUCUUUGUUGUAUACAGAGGUACAACUUGUUGAAUAAAAUAUUUAUAUAAAGGCGUACUGUAAUGUCAGUAACAAACUUAAUGCAAUACAUUGUGCAGUAUAUUAUUGCACCAGUCAUUUGAGAGGUUAAGUGAACAGAGAGGUUGCCUAGUACUAAAAAAGCAUGAAAAGGCCAAAGCAAAAAAGUUUGAUCUUAUUUCAAUUUUUUCUUUCUUUUCAUCAGACUUCUUUUCAGCGAUAGGGAAAUAGAUAAUCCACAUUAUGACAAUGUGUGCAUAAAUAUGUUUUGCAUGUUUAUGCAUUUUUGAUUGAAAAUAAGUCUGAUUCGAUUUUUUCUCCGAAUUCUUGGACAUUUAAAAUGGUCAACUGCAGUUCGAUCAGAUCAAGUUAACAAGAAUAACAAGCUGGUUUAUUGUAAAUGCUGCUGGUCAGAAUGUUUUCACAGCGGGUUCAAACUAUGGAUGAUGCAAGUGGUUUUUUCACAAUAUAGAAUAUUGAUAAUAUUAUGCCCUCCAGAUUUGUUUUAUUUUAUUUUUUAUUUCAAAUUUUAUAAUUGACUACUGUGUAAGAUAGUGGUGGCACCAUUUACCUGCACUUGUGUUAUUUAUUAUUAUUAUUAUUAUUAUUAUUAUUAUUAUUAAUAAAGACAUGAUACAGAGCUAACAUAUUACAACUUGUGAUCGCCGUGUAAAAUGUUGAUCAGUUUCCAUACAGCAACUUUGGAUAGAAAUGAUGGCUGACCAAAAUGUUGAAAUAAAUAUACACCACAUCAGAAAUACAAAACUUUUUUUCUUCCAUUGUUUCAAUUCUGUUCAUGUACCUGCAUAUUUAUAUGUGAAGCUUUCCAGAAUAUGUAAUCAUUCCUGUGUAAAUGAUUUUAUUACAUAUAGUUGUAUUGGAAACAUAUAAAGGGUUACAAGGUACUGUGUCUACAAAGAAAAAAAUGCUUUUGCUUCCACAGUUGUUUUAAUUGCAUACAACAAUAUAGUUUUAAUAAAGAUAAUUUGUAAUCAGUGAAUUGAAUGCUGUUAUACAGGUGAUAUGCAGAAAUCUGAAUGAAGAAUUAUAUCCA